AUGACCGAAGCGCAAGCCAAUGAGUACCUCCGGAAUCGUUUGUGGCAGAAGGCGAAAGACAUUUACGACACGAUCGUCGAGGCGUCCGUAAGCGAACCACCGUCCGGGGCCGGCUCGACGUCGUGCAGGCGACACUCGAGGGAGCAGGUGAUCGCCUGCCUGUACGGUCGCACCGAAUGCUGCCUCGAGCUCGAGCAGUACGACCAGGUGGCCCAGGAUUGUGUCCGGCUGCUGCAGUUGCUGAGCGCAGGAGAAGGCACCCCGGGCAGUGGAAGCACUCCAUCACCGCCAUCGCCCCCAACGCCGCCGCCAGCAACAUCCACCGAUUCGCCCAGCCCGACGCCAUCGUCCUCCUCAUCAACCGGCUCGUCGUCGUCCAUCUCGACGAAGGCAACGUCCGGAUCGUCUGGAGGCGGGAAUCAGAAGACCAGCCCGACCGCUACGACGAACGGUGGAAGUGCGGGUGGUAUCGUCGGUACAUCGUCGACGACGGCGGCAGUGGCAGUAACGGCGGCAGCGGCGUCCACCGGAAGCACCGAGUCGAAGAUCCGCAAGCGGCUCAUACAUUCGCUGUUCAAGCAGCAAAAGUUUGCCGAAGCGGAGGUCAUUCUGCAGGAAUGGACCGCUAACCACAGCCACAACCAAGACAUUGACCGGCAGCUGAACCGGUUGAUGGGGCUACUGCGGCUGGCUUCCGGUGCUGGGGAUGAGGCUGGGGAUGCCGCGGCCACGGCCGCCGCCGUCGCCGGAGCUGCCGUGACUAGCGACACCGAGUGCAGUCCGGCCUCGUCGACCGAGUCGUUCGUGGCGUCACUGCUCAACGACGAGUAUCGGCACAUCGAGACGAAGCUGGAAAACUUGAUCCUCAACAACCUACCAGCGGAUCGCUACACCAAGCAGCUGUGUCGGAUCGAGAACCAGCUGAAGUUUACCGGCGGCAACAACGGAUCGCCGCCGGACUGUGGUCCGGAGCAGCAGGGCAAGAAACAGCAACCAGCAGCACCGACGUCGGCUUCAUCAUCCGCAUCAUCAUCAUCAUCAUCGUCGUCGUCGUCUUCGUCGUCAUCUUCUAGCAGUCACCAUCAGCGCGCCGGUCCGGUGGAAGACACGGAGAAGCGCAAAGAUAGCAGUGGAAGUGGCGGCACCGGGACGCACGGAUCGGCAAUCGGCAGUGGGGAGGAAAGCGGGAAAACUGUGGCCAAAGCAACGCCAUCAUCAUCGGCAGCGCCAUCGAUUUCAUCGACCAACAACAACAGCAGCAGCAACGCCGGUAGCAGUGAUAGUAAAACUAGUGAUAGUAACCGUAAUUUAUUGAACGAAGCAAACAGUGAUAGUGAGAAGAAGGCGACGGCGGUGGCGGCAGCGGCGACAGUGGUUGCCAGUGGCAACAGCGGCACCAGCAGCGGUGCUCCUGCCGAACGCGACCGGAAGCCGGGCAUCGGUGCUGCUACUGUUGCCGGCGCGAAGAGCGGUGCGAUCAAGCCGUCCGCGUACAAGGAGCAGCAGGUGAAGGGGGGAGAGAAAUCGGCCGCUCGAGGUGGGGGCGCCUCCGGCAAAGCGGUGCCCGCAGCGGCGGUCGACAAACUGAACAGUAUUACCUGCGUGUACUGCACGCUGUCGUUCGCCGAUCGGUCGGAACUGAGGGCCCACUGUCAGACCGAGAGCCACCAGAACAUCAUCAUGUCCGACGAGGGGCGCGACUGGAAGUGGCGUCCACCGCCGCGUGGCUUCGUGGCCGAGGCGUACAGUUUGUGCGAGAACUUUCGCGACAACCAGAACUGCCACUACGGGAACCAGUGCGUCGAGGCGCACGGUGUGGACGAGCUGAACGAGUGGAAGGAGCGGUUCGAGUACCGGAAGAAGAAGCUCCAGCGGGCGCGCGACAAGGAGCUGUACGGCAAGAGCUACACGGAGCAGCUGCUCGAGCGGUGGGUGCAAGCGCCCAGCCCGGACAAGGUGAUGCGCGAGAAGGUGGAGGGCGUCGAGGACAGCUGCUCGCACGAUCUCGUGACGACGAUCUCGUCGAAGGUGAGCAAGCGCGAGUGGUCGUUCGUGCUGAAGACGAAGCGCCCCCUGCGGGCGGUCGCACUGCUGCAGGAUGCCCACCGGAACCACUUCGUGCUGAAGCAGGUCUGCCCGGGAGGGGCCAGCGGCAAGAAGAGUGGUACCGGCAGCGGUGGCGUCGGUCCGGGUGCUGGGAAGGGGCCCGCAUCCGCGGCGGAAGUGGAGGGUCCCGUGGAGCAGGAGUGGAUCGCCCCGGUAAGCGGUGGGGCAACACCCGUCACGGCGGCAGCGGUGGCUGAAGGGGCAGUGAGUUCGGUGAUUCUCGAGCACCGAGUGAAGGUGGGCUUUAGUACGGAGAUUUACGGCACGUUCCGCCAGACAGUGGUGUUCGAUAUGGGCAAGGAGCCGGUGCUCGUGAAGCACAUCUGCGUCGAUGUGGUCCCGGUCACGGAGGUCGAUAAGAUCCAGGAGAUCAAGAAGGACAUCGUCAUGUCGACGGCCGAGCGCUGGGACGAGACGAACUCGGAGGUGGCCGAGUUUACGACGGCACCGAUCGCGCACAUGCAGACGGCGGCCUACACGGCCGAUGCGGAGCGCGAGAAGGAGCUGCUGGUGCGCUAUCCGCUCCCGAAGGCGUCCACGUUCGUGCUAACCCAGUCGACGAUCACGGAGAAGCGGCUGACGCGCAACAACUACCGGAACCGCAUCCACGAGCUGCUGUAUGUGGAGGAGAUCGCGCGGUACGACCAGAUCGCGCGCUACAACCUCACGACGCGGCUGUCGAUCGUGACGAACUACCUGCUGACGCCGAGCGGGAUGGCGACGAGCACGGCCAAGUACUCGCACUCCGGCGAACUGUUUGCGCUGAUGAAGCUCGGCAAGGACGUGUCGGAGGACACGUCGGCCGGCCGGCUGAUCCUGAACAACUGCCAGGCGGUGUACAUUGCGGCCAAGGAGCAGCCACCGCCCGGGGAGAAGCGCCGCGUGUACGAGGCGGUCAUCGAGGACAAGGGCAAGAACAUGAUCUACAUGAAGGUAUCGGCGAAGGCGGUGUCCGGACUGGGCCUGAAACCGGACACGGAGUUUCUGGCCGAUAUCCAGUUCCAGCCGAACCGGCUCACGUACUGCGAGUGGCACCAGGCAAUCGAUAAGAUCGCCGACUUUCGCAUCAUCUUCCCGGAGAUCCUGCUGGAGCCGAGCAUUCCGUGGACCCCGCAGCGCCAGUGGGACGCGGCGCUCGAUCCGAAGCUGAACUCGAAGCAGAAGGAAGCGGUCGUGGCGAUCACGACCCCGGUCAGCGUGGCGCUCCCGCCGAUCCUGCUGAUCGGCCCGUUCGGCACGGGCAAGACGUACACGCUGGCGCAGGCGAUCAAGCAGCUGCUGCUGCAGGACAACACGAAGAUCCUGAUCUGCACGCACUCGAACUCGGCCGCCGACCUGUACAUCAAGGACUACCUGCACCCGUGGGUCGAGGAGGGCAUGGCCGAGGCGAGACCGCUGCGCGUCUACUACCACAAGCGAUGGGUGGCCACCGUGAACAGCAUCGUGCAGAAGUACUGUCUGAUCGACCUGAACAUCAACAUGCGCAACUUCCGGCGGCCCUCGGUGAAGGACAUUCUGAAGCACCGGGUCGUGGUGGUGACGCUCAACAUCUCGAUGGAGCUGGCGUCGCUCGACCUGCCGAAGGGCCACUUCACGCACAUCUUUCUCGACGAGGCGGCCCAGGCGAUGGAGUGCGAGGCGAUCAUGCCGCUGGCGCUGGCGGGCGAGAAGACGCGCAUCGUGCUGGCCGGCGACCACAUGCAGAUGUCACCGGAACUGUUUUCGCACUUCGCCAAGGAGCGCAAGCUGCACGUGUCGCUGCUCGAGCGGCUGUACGAUCACUACCCGAAUGACUUCCCGUGCAAGAUCCUGCUGUGCGAGAACUACCGGGCGCACGAGGCCAUCAUCAAGUUCACGUCCGAGCUGUUCUACGAGCAGAAGCUGAUCGCGUCGGGCAAGCAGCCGCGCCACGAGAAGUUCUACCCGCUCACGUUCUUCACGACGCGCGGCGAGGACGUGCAGGACAAGAACUCGACCGCGUUCUACAACAACUCGGAGGUGUACGAGGUGGUCGAGCGGGUGUGCGAGCUGCGCAAAAAGUGGCCCAGCGCCUGGGGCAAGAUCAACGACCAGAGCAUCGGCAUCAUGACUCCGUACGCCGACCAGGUGUUCCGUAUCCGGUCGGAGCUGCGCAAGCGCCGGAUGGGCGGCAUCAGCGUGGAGCGCGUGGCCAACGUGCAGGGCAAACAGUUCCGGGCGAUCUUCCUGUCCACGGUCCGGACCCGGCGAACGUGCAACAGCAACGACGGUGGCGGUGGCGGGGCCAGCGGUGGCACGAGUGGCCGCGGUGCCACUUCGGGCGAGGAGGUCGACUAUGGGUUCCUGAGCAACUCGAAGCUGCUGAACACGGCCAUCACGCGGGCCCAAAGCUUGGUGGCCGUCGUCGGCGAUCCGGUGGCGCUCUGCUCGAUCGGACGCUGUCGGAAAGUUUGGGAGCGCUUCAUCGAGAUCUGCUACAACAACAAGAGCCUGUUCGGGAUCACCUGGUCGCUGCUGCGAUCGCAGCUUGAUGGGGUCGAGCUGAAGAAGACGUACGUGCUGAAUCCGCUGGCACCGGAAUUCAUUCCCCGGGCCCUCCAGGGGGAGGCUUACCUGCGCGAUCAGGCGGCCAGUUUGGGCAACGUUGUUGGACCGGGCGGUGGUGCUGGUGGUGGUGGAGGUCCGGUGGCGCCGUAUCACUAUGCCGUGCACCAACUGGGUGCCUCCGGAGGAUCCGCCCAUCACCACGGGACACAUCCACAGUCCACCGUGGGGCACCAGCAGCAACCGCAACAACCCCAGCAGCAGCCUCAAAUUGGCCCCCAUCAACACGGCCCGCAGCACCCGCACCAGCCAGCGGGCAACCAGUUCCACCAGCAUGGUGCCGGUGGUGGGUUCCCGCUGGGCGGAACCGGUGCCGUUCCGAAUGCGGCCACAGCUGCCGCUGCCGCCGCGGGUUUGAUGCGCAACCCACUCGCCCUUACCCCGUUCGUAGGCCCGGCCAGUGGUGCCGGUGGACCGGCCGGUGGAGUGUUGCAACCUCACAUGCAGUCCCAACAACCGCAGCAACCCGUACAGCAAGCGCCACCGUCGCAGUCGCAGCAGCAGCAGCAAUCCUUUCCCUAUCAAAAUACCCUCUACUACUACCAGCAACAGCAGCAACAGCAGCAACAACAGCAGCAACAACAGAGCGCUCAGCAGCAAACGCUCCGUGGUGGUGCGAUCGGAGCGCCCGGGAGCUCGUUGGUGCCCUCACAUCCGUCGACCCACGCCGCUGGUCCUCCGCUCCCACCGAACCUGGUCGUGCCGCCGGCCAGCGGACCGAGCAGCGCCGGUGGGCUGUGGGGCGCGGCUGGAUCCGCGGCUGCCGCCGCCGCCGCUGCUGCAGCCGCCGUUGCCGGCGGUGGCCAUUUUCCAAUGGUGGCUUCGCCCGGAGGCCGUAACACCCCACCCGGUUGGCGGUUGGCGGCGCAGAAGAACGCUCCACCCUCGAUCCGACCGCAGCUGUCCCAGCCGAACGCAGUUUCGCAUCUCGCAAUGGCCGGACUUCCGCCGGGUCGUCCGCCACCGAUGCUGGCCGCACCACCAAUGCGCAGCCCAACGAUCGGUGCCGGCUCGCAGCAGCCACAGCAAGGGGUCCUACCGCCGCUGUCCUACUUUCAGCAGCAGCAACAGCAGGCCAACAAAGGCGUUCUCAUGCCCGGCGGGCAGGGAUCCGGCGGACAGACCGUGGCGUCAACUGGUGGUGGUGGUGGCGGUGGCUUUGGCCUGUACCACCAACAACUCGGUGGUCCCCUGAACGGCCAGCAGCAGCAACAGCAGCAGGUCACACAGCAGCAGUACCACGUGAUGGCGUCUCGUCCGCUGCUGAGUGGGCCCCUGAGUCCGAGCGGUUUCCCGCAGCAGCCGGGUGCAAACUUUGGCCCCCACGCGCCCCAGUCGGCCAACGAUCUGAGCUAUUUGUCCGGGCUGCAAGGUGAGCUGAUGGCGAUGGCCGCCUCGAACCGUAUUCCGCCGUUGGCGGGAACCAGCGCCGGCCAGAAGCUCAACCCAUCGCUCCACCGUGCGGCCAGUGGCGCUGGCGGCGGUGAGUUGUCGUUCGGAGGUCUCGACAAGUCGUCCGAUUUUCAGUUCCUUCAGAACGUGCACUUCCCCGAGUUGCGCACGUCGCAGCAGCAGCAGCAGCAACAGCAGCAAGGUGGCCACCUUCAGGCGCUACAGCAGCAACUGCAACUACAACAGCAGCAGCAGCAGCAACAACAGCAGCAACAUCCGCCGCAAGUGGUCGGGCCCGGCGACUUCAGCCAUCUGCUGCCACCGAACAUGAGCUUCAUCGAUAUGGCGCUGCAGACGAAGGAGUACCAGUACUAUUGGUUCGUGAAGCUGAUGGAAACGAAGGGUCUGGAGGCGGCCCACAAGUUCACCGACAUUUUGCGCCAGGUACCGACGGCGGUUGCGGCCGCCAAUCAAGCGAUCAAGCCGCUCCCACCGGGCCAGCAGAGCGGACUGAGUUUGGCGACCCUCAAGGGGGGACCGGGUGCUGGUGGUCCCGGGCUGUCGUCAACCCAAACGGCGGAUCUGUUUCUGGAGAAUAUACUGAACCCGAUCAAGGAUCCGUUGCUUGUCGGUGCCGGUGCUGGUGUCGCGAGCGUGUCCAACCCGUCUCUCCACUCGAACGUGCUGGCGAACGGUACUGGCGGUGGCGGUAGCGGCUCCAACGGAGGCGGUGGCGCACCGAAGAGUAUCCUCGACACGGUCGAUCUGUUCGGUGGGCUUGCGUCGGGUGAAAUCCCUUCCCUGAUCGGCCCAUCGAUCGCGUCGCAAUCGAGCCAAUCGGUCCCGCUCUACCGGCGGCAGGCGGGCCAAAAUUAUCAGCCAUCGACAUCCGGUGGCUCCGGUUCGGCCCCGAGUGCCGACUCGUCGACACCCGAUCUGCUCGAUUCCGUUCACCUUCAUCAGCAGCAACAUCAACAGCAGCAUUACGGUGUCAACAUGCAGCAGCAGCAGCAACCGUCGCUGGUGGAGCUGCUGGAACCGAAACAGCUGGGUCAGCAGCAGCAGCAGCAGCAAAAGUUCUUCUACCCAUCCUCGGACCACGGUCACGGUGUUAUGGGCAAUGGGAAUGGCCUGUCGUUCGGCGGCAACCCGUUGAUGGAGCAGCAGCAGCAGCAGCAGCAGAAUGGGUUCCCUACCGGUGCCGGGUUCAGUUCGAUUCAGAACAUAGCGGCCGGUUUGUUGCAACAGCAGCAACAACAGCAAAUGCACCAAGGAUUGGGUGGCGGUCGGGAGUUUAUGCAACAUCUGUCCCACCAUCAGCAGCAGCAGCAAGCGGGUGGUUCCGGACAAACGCAUAUGCAUGACGAUCUGCUGGCUGCUGCACAGCAGCAGCAACAACGGCAACAGCCGGGAGCCGGUGGAGGACACUCGAUCCUACCGGUCGUCUCAUCCUCAGCCCAUGCCACGUACGCCAGCGUGCUGAGCCAGGGGCAGCACGGCGUGUCGCAGCUGGUCAACAACCAUCACCCGCACGGCAACGGCAACCAUCACGUGGGACAGCAUCUGCAGCAGCAGCAACAUUUCGGCGCUCAACACGGUGGCAUUGACGGGCUGAAGCAGCAGCAUGGGAAACUGGAGCUCUCCGACGAUGCGGCCGGAUCGGGCCAGAGCGGAACAGGGGCGGCAGCUGGCGUUGGUAAUGGCAACAACAACGGUGGCGGCGGCAACAGCAAUGAUCCUUUCGCGGCGCUCCGUAAUCUCGGUGGCAAAAGCAAUGGGCUGUACAAUUACUUCGCCUAAAGCGAGGCCGUUCCUGGCGCCACACAGGCCUCUGAUCAGAGUUUUGGCAACCUUUCAAGUACAAAGUGAAAAACAAAAAUGGAAACAAAGAGAAGUUUCGGUUGGAAAGGAAAGUUGCCUUCUGUUGGAUUGGGCUUGGGUGCCGCAAGAGAAUGAAAGAGUCACAGAGGGUAUGAGAGAGAGAGAGAGAAAGCGAGAGGGAGCGAGAGAGAGAGAGAAUAAGACACACAAACCGAGUCUUUACGCUGAAGGCGAGGCGCCGCGGGUGAGAGAUAUUGUUUCUUAAAGUAAAACAGCAACUCUACUAACUCUACAUAAAUAUUUGUAAAACAAAGAGAGGAGACAGAAGCGGAAAGCGAACAAAGCGAACCGGAUCGGACGGACCCGGAAGCUGAGUUGGGUUUUGUCCAACGGAGAAAAAAUGGAGAGAAAACGUUAAAAAAAACCACAAACAUAAACAAAAAAUCACUCAAAAAAAGGAAAAAUAUUGCAAAAAAAUCCAAAAAAGUUAUGUCUACUUAUGGUUUAUAGAUGUUAAAAAGGGAAAAAUAAGAAAACAAAACUGAGGAAGAAGAAAUAGAAACUACGCAACACAUUGACAAAACAGCAGCAACAACAAAUAACAAACGCAUAUAAUAAUAACAUACAUAUACGUUCACUCUAUCGCAGCAAAAUGGGAAAAGUAGAAACAGAAACAUGAGGAGCCGGCAAAUCGGCAAACAUUAAAUUGCAUGAGAAUUUGUAAAACCCACGCUCUGAAAUGGAUCAAAAGAAACAUACAAACAGUUGCUGAAACUGAAAAAACUGAAACAAACCACAGACCAGAGAACAUACACACCUGGUUGCCGAUGUACAGGAGGGAACGCAAAGCCAGCGCCAGCGGUGCCAGCGGUGGACUAAAUCUAUUAAUCUGUAAGCAUGUAGUAGCCACGGGCACAUUCGCCUCGAACACGGCACCUCACGGCUAACGGAACCGAAACGCGCCAAGCGAAAGGAAAGCAACAUUCAAACACAGCCACACCCUUUUAAGACUCUGGAAGAAUGAUCGUAGCGAUUACACUGUACUCGGUUAGUUGUUUGCUUGAAUCAUCAAUCUACUUUGGUUCGAUUUUGUUUGUGUUUUGUUUUACAUUACAAAUUAUACUCACUCUACUGCUACGUGUCUACUACACUACACUUUUGAAUAAUUUUCUUAUUUAAUUUGGCACUACUCGCUACAUUAUAUAUUACGUUUGAUUUAGCGCGUACAUAUUAUAAACAUACUCCUAAAACAACUGCGGUUCACACAUGAAGCAGAAAUAAAUUAUGUCAUAA